AUACCUUUGGCUGCGCCCAGCCAGAUCGCCAUGGUGAUAGUUGCUGUCUUGUUUGGCUGCAUCUCAACCGUUGCGAUUGGGCUUCGACUGGUGGCUGCGCGUAUCGCUCACCGGCGCCUGGAUGCCAGCGAUUGUUGCAUCUUGUUCGCAUGGCUCUUCACCUUGGGAUUAACGGUGGCCUGCAUUCUAGAGGCUGUCCUUGGCGGGUUUGGCUGGCAUGAGGACGACGUCCUGAGUCGUUUUGGGCCAGAUCCCAUCAUUCAAUAUCACAAGAUCAUACUCCCUCUCGAGAUGCUCUGGAACUUGUCACUCACCGCAACCAAACUCUCGGUGCUACUCUUCUACAUCAAGAUCUUCGCCGUCACGUCGAUUGUGCUGCCUGCAAAGAUCAUGAUCGUCUUCACCGCGCUCCUAGGCUUGUCGGGUUUUUUGAGCACAUUUCUCAUCUGCCAUCCCUUCGCGUACAACUGGAACCUUUCCAUCGCGGGCGGGUACUGCGGCAGUCAAAGUGCACUGUUUGCCGUAUUUGCCAUCUUGAAUCUGGGGAGUGACGUUGUAGUCUUGGCGAUGCCGAUCCCGAGCCUGCUGAGUUUGCGAAUGCCGGUUUGGAAAAAGGCAUGGUUGUUGGCAACCUUUACUAUUGGGUUCCUAACGUGCAUCGCCAGCAUCAUCAGGCUUGUCUACCUCUCCAAGAUCGACUACAACGACGUGACGUACACCUCGGUGACGGCAGUCCUCAUGACGGCCGUAGAGCCUUCGUUGGCUGUGAUGCUGGCAUGCAUCCCUCUACUUCGGCCACUUCUCGGGCAG